AUGCCUCAAGGGCUCGUGGUUGAUGGGGGUGGAGAAAGGAAAGGCAUUCCUGGAAUUGUACUGGGAAUUGUAGUUGGAAUGUUUGUGGGAAUUGUAGUUGGAAUUGAGGGAAGUCCUGUGGUAGCCGGCAAUGGAGGUGGCAAUGCUGUGGGCUUUGGCAGAGUUGGGGCAGUUGGCAAUGUUGGCAUGGUAGUUGGCAAUGGUGGCAAUGUUGCUUUGGGCAGCGUUGGCAUUGCGGGUAACGGAGGAAUCGCAGCUGGAUUCGGAAGAGAUGGAAUUGUGGGCAGUGUUGGCGCUGGUGGGGGUGUUGCAGCUGGUUCAGGGGUGUCGAGGAGGCGACGAGCAGCGAAGCUCCUAUUGAUGCCUAACAGUGACAAUGUCAUAAUCAGGGCAAGACUGAAAAAAUGCUUGGAGGUAGCCAUUGUUUGUCAAGUGCUUAAGCCGCGUAUAGAGAAAGAGAGCUAG